AUUAAUUGAUUGAUUAACACUUGUAAUUAGUAAUCACUCUGCUACCAGCCAUGGAGAAGGUGAUUACGUUACUGGCAAUCGGAUUAAUUAGCGUUUCGGCGCUUCCCUAUAACCCUGUCAUCAGGAAACUGGAUGAUGGGCUCCGUUACCAGUAUAUGGAAGGUCCUGAUGGGUCUCUCCACCUGGUAGACCUUUGGGGGAAGGUCAGUGAUGUAGCAGAGGCAGCCAGGUACAACCCUGAUCGGCAGAAUGUCUACCAUCUGUAUACCAGGAAUAAUCCCACAGUCAGCCAGCCCCUUCUGAUCGGCAGCGAGGGUCUACUGGGCAUAACGAAUUACAACGCUAACAGACGCACCAUUGUUCUUAUACACGGAUGGCUGGACUCUGUCACGGCUGAUUUCAAUACUGUUUUGGUACCAGCAUUCCUGCAAGCUGAGGAUGUCAACGUGAUCGUGGUAGAUUGGAGCGCUGGUGCUGGUACCAUCAACUACUUCACAGCUGUAGAAAAUACUCUUACUUCAGGUCAAAGUGUAGCCAGGUUCCUAGCUUGGCUGAACGGCGUGACUGGAGCAGUUCCCAGCAUGUACCACUUAGUCGGACACAGUCUGGGUGGCCAUCAAGUUGGAAUCGUCGGCAGAAAUCUGGGCGGACAGAUCGCAUACAUCACUGGUCUAGACCCAGCUUUCCCUGGGUGGAACACCAACAAUGAGAAGUUCAAGCCCACUGAUGGAGUAUACACUGAAGUUAUACAUACUAACGUUGGCUUUCUUGGCUACAUGGCCACUUUAGCUGAUGCAGACUUCUACCCCAAUGGGGGGAGCGGUAUGCCAGGGUGCAACAGUAAUGACUGUGAUCAUGCCAGAUGCUACCACUACAUGGCGGAAUCUCUAACUCGAGGUGGGUUCACCGGCCGCCGCUGUCUCUCCUACCUGACGGCCAUUACAGGAAACUGCCAGCUCUUGGGCAACCUUCGCAUGGGUGGACUCGUACCAAAAACUGGACAAUCUGGAAUCUUCUACCUGGAGACCAAUUCUUCACCGCCUUUCUCAAGAGGUUGAAAGAAGAUAACUU